UAUUUUUCACUGCUCAUUAUAAUCGGUGGCGCAGUAGUAUAUCUGUUGUAACUAAUAUAAUAAUGGUAUUAAAAAAAUAAAGGCUAUUUAUGAUAAUUUAAUUACACUAUUGCGUCAAAUAUUGGUCCACCUGUUUGUUUGAUUUCGAGGGUGGCUGUUGUGUGUUGGGAGUAACAAAAUGACCAUUGAAGCGAAUAAAGAUGAAGCUGAGAAAUGCAUCGAGAUUGCACAAGUGGCCUUCAGAUCCGGGAAUGUAUCGAAAGCAGAGAGAUUUCUGCUGAAAGCUGAAAUGUUAUACCCAAGCCCGCAUGCCAAGGAGCUUCUGGCGAGAGUUAGGGCUGCUAGUGGCACAGGAAGCGCCUCUAAAAAGACCCCUCCGAGCAGCCCUAGUGCUGACGAGUUACGACGAAGGAAAACUCCAAACCACCAGCCACAACAACAAGAGUAUACUACAGAACAGAUGGAAGCAGUUAGAAGGAUUAACACGAAAUGCAAAGAUUAUUAUGAAAUACUAGGAGUCACCAAGGAAGCGACGGAUUCGGAUAUCAAAAAGGCUUACAAGAAACUGGCGCUACAGUUGCAUCCUGAUAAAAAUCACGCUCCAGGGGCUGCCGAGGCAUUUAAGGCUAUAAGCAACGCGGCAGCCAUACUGACGAAUCCUGAGAAGAGGAAGCAGUAUGAUCUCCGUGGGGACGAACCGGCGCCGAGUCACCACCACACGUACUACGCGAGAGGAUUCGAGUCAGACCUGACAGCGGAGGAGCUGUUCAACAUGUUUUUUGGGGCUACAGGUGGGGGGUUGUCGUUCACGGCCUUCCCGGGUGGUUCGCCCCCCGCGUACCGCCGCCGGGCCCGCGAGCCGGAGCCCCGGGACAGCCACGCGGGCCUGGUCCAACUGUUGCCGGUGAUAGCGCUGGUUCUGUUGUCCAUGAUGUCUGGUUUCUUCAUCAGCGAGCCGGUGUACACCCUGGCGCCGUCGCCGAAGUAUCCUGUACCUAGGGAGACGGUCAACCUCAAGGUGCCGUACUACGUGAAGGAGAAUUUCCACACGGACUACCAGGGAUCGCUCAGAAGACUGGAGAUGGCUAUCGAGGAGGAGUAUAUAGUGGGGCUCCGCCACGCGUGCCAACGCGAGAGGAACUAUCGGGACAACGCCGCUUGGAAGGCCAGGAACUUUGGUGACGCUCGACAACAUGCUGAAGCUACCAAGAUGAGGCUGCCCUCCUGUGAGAAGCUGCAGGCCUUCCAAAGAUAGACACACACACACAGACAUCCCAACACACACUUACAAAAUGUACACACCAAAUAUGGUAAUGUGAGUGAGACUAUUAUACAUUUACACAAAUAAAGAAACACGUGCAUUAUAAACACACACACACACACACACACACACACACACACACACAUAUAUAUAUAUAUUUUCUCCUCUAAAGUUAUGUCAAGCCAACAACAAAUGCCCCACUCUCAGUCAGAAUAUUGUUUUGCGAAAUGUCACUAAAAUUUAAAUAAAGAAAUUAAGAUCACUCACAACUACGAUUGACUUCAAGGAAAUACAAGGUUUUGUUGAAAUUUUUAAUUAAAUGUGACCGAGUUGACAACAAUACGACCAAGCCACAAGCCAUCGGACAAAAACUAUUGGCUUUAAAGACUACUUCAAUACAUUCUGGCAUUUAUUGUAAUACAGACUAUAUAUAUAUUAUAGGCUAUGUUUGAUAAACGAUGUUCAUUAUAUAUUUGUACUUACCACAUGUGUAUACCAAACUAAAUACUUGCAGUUUUGAGUUUCUGGAUAUUGCCAGGUCGACGCGAUUUCUUUUUAUAAGACUUGGAAACUAUUUGACGGUCGAGGCUGGUGGUAAUGUACUGUCUACGGAUAAAUAGAUUUAGUAUGACAAGUGUCGCCAUCUAUAUCACAGCAAUACUAUAUUUAGUUCGAUAUAAUGCAUGCUAGUUCCCAAUAUCACCCAUAGAUGGCGCUUAUAAUGAAAAUGUAUCUCGUAUUUAAUGCCUCUAGAGGUUUUAGAAGGACUUUAAGCUUACUCACAAAUAAAAAACAUAUUAUCCUCACAUGUAAGUAUAAGUCAACGAUUUAAAAUUAAAAGUUAUAUUAAUGUGAAGGCAAAUUUAUCAGUCUAUUGUCUGCGAUUUAAUAUAUUUUAUUAGGACAUAAAGAGAAAUUAUAUGGAGUUAAGGCUCCUGGCGUUACAACGAUCUUUGCCCUUAAUAUCAGUACGCACGGCAAACGAAACGCUUACAGUUUGUGUUAACGUCACACAUAGUGAAAACGCUGUUGGCUAAUGAAAAACUCCAAACUAUCAGUGUGUAGUUAACGUCAGCUCGUACUGAUAUUCCAUACAAAGUGGAAGCGGGCAAUAUUUGGUAACAUUUGAUUGUAUAUAGCAACGAGGAAAACAAAUUAAAUUUUAUCUACCAGCUGUAUCGGUGAGUUUUCCACGGUUACGGGUGAUAAGGAUUUAUUUGUUGGCAUUUUGUUUGAAUGGUGGCUGUAUGAGUGUUACAAUAAAGUCUUAUUUAUUUC